AUGCUUAUAACUCGUGCGACGUCUUUUAAUUUAACUAUUUUGCAUACAAAUGAUGUUCAUGCACAUUAUAAUGAAAUAAACACAUUUGGUGGUCAGUGUAAUAAUAUAGAAAAUUGCUACGGAGGAAUGGCGAGACUCAAGUACAAAGUGGAUGAAAUAAAGAGACUGUAUCCAAAUACAUUAUUUUUGGAUGCCGGAGACCAGUACCAGGGCACAUUCUUGUUCUCAGAGUUUGGUGGGACCAUUGUUCACACGUACAUGAAUCUCUUGGGGUAUGAUGCCAUGGCUCUAGGAAACCAUGAAUUCGAUGAUGGCAUUGAAGGGCUCUUGCCGCUUGUAGAAAACAGUGAUUUUAAAAUUCUUAGCUGUAACAUCGAUACAUCUGGAGAGCCUUUGAUUCAAAAUAAGUUUCAUAAAAGUGUCAUUAUAGACGUAGAUGGAGACAAAAUCGGCAUUGUCGGUUACACAACAAAAGAUACACCUAUACUAUCCAGUCCAGGUAAUUUGGUGUUUUUGGACGAGGUCAUAUCCAUUCAAACACAGGUCACCAUGCUUAAAAACCAAGGAGUGAAUAAAAUCAUAGCUCUAGGACAUGCCGGAUUUAAUGUUGACAAGAAAAUAGCACUUCAAGUGGAAGAUAUCGAUAUAGUUGUUGGUGGUCAUACAAAUACAUUUUUAUAUACAGGUAAACCGCCUUCCAAUGAAGACCCAGCAGAUGUUUACCCAACAGUUGUCAGUAACAAUAAUGGUGACGACGUUUUAGUAGUUCAAGAUUAUGCCUUUGCUAAAUACCUUGGAUUUUUGCAAGUGGAGUUUGAUGACAACGGAAAAGUUGUACGUUAUAAUGGAAACCCUAUAUUACUGGAUAAUUCUAUACCUAAAGAUAUCCAAGUGCAGACUGUUACUGAUGAAUUUGGAAAGGGACUGAGAGAAAGAAUAAAUAAGGUUAUAGGACGAACAUUAGUUUUCCUAAAUGGUGGUAGACUUGUCUGUAGAUUACAGGAAUGUAACUUAGGGAAUUUGAUAGCUGACGGCAUGGUUCAUCAGAAUCUUUUACACGCAGACAGCGUAGAUGGAACUAAAGUUUUUAUAUCCAUUGUCAACUCCGGAUCAAUACGAUCAUCUUUUGAAAAAGGCAACAUUACAAUUGGCAAUGUUUUAGAGGUGAACCCUUUUAGGAAUACAAUUGACACAAUUAUGCUAAGGGGAGACUUCUUACUGCAAGCACUAGAACAUAGUGUAGCAGACUAUGAUGUAGACGGACCAGGUGGCGCAUUCUUACAAUAUUCUGGAAUAAAAGUAAAAUAUAAUCUCACAAAACCAGUACAACAAAGAGUAGUUGAAGCCUUAGCUAUCUGUCAAAAUUGUACCAUUCCUGCAUAUGAACCAAUUGAUGCGAACGUAAUGUAUAGUUUGAUAUUAACUAAUUUCAUACGAAAUGGUGGCGAUGGAUAUACAAUGAUCAGAGACAAUGCGGUACAAUCACAUACUAUCGGAGAUCUUGAGGCGGAUGUUUUAAUGGAUUACAUUAAAAAUGCGUCACCUUUUUACAACGGUAUUGAAGGGAGGAUAAUUCUGGGUAAUUCUACAGAGACUAUUGAUAAAUUAACAUGUAAUGACGGAAAAGUGAUAACAUGUGAUGAUGUUAAAACAAACACCUGUGACAAUUUAACGUGCGCGGAUGGAAAUGUAUAUACAUGUGAUUGCAUUAUGAAUUUAAAGCAAUACACAUACUCUAGGCGAGCAACACAGAAACGAAGGAAACGAAAACGAAAACAAAAACAGGUAAACAAAAACAAGUAAAAAGAGAUGAAAU